AUGUCUCCAGAACUGCCAGAAGAUUACAGUCUUACAGAGCCUUUCCUUCCGCCCCAGGAGACGGGGCCCUACAAGGUCAUGAUCGGGAACCGUGAAGUGCUGAAGGGCAACCAGGACAUCACCCAGAUUGUGAAGUGCAUGGAUGCCUACAACAAGCACCGGGAGAUUGUCAACUCGCUUCGGGAGGCAGGCUUGACAAACCCCAGCGCCAGCGGCAAGGCCCUGGUCUUCUGCAACACAAAGCGGAUGUGCGAGAAUCUCUCCAAUGACCUGCACCGGCAAGGCCUGCCAUGUACCUCCAUCCAUGGAGACAAGGAUCAGCGCCAGCGGGAGGAUGCCCUCCACGGCCUUAAGUCUGGCCGCUACAAGGUCUUGGUGGCAACAGAUGUUGCAGCCCGCGGUCUCGACAUCAAGGGAGUUGGCCUCGUCAUCAACUUUGACCCGGCCAAUAACACCGAGGACUAUGUUCACCGCAUUGGUAGAACUGGCCGCGCUGGAGCGAAGGGUUACGCCAUCACUUUCAUGACCGGUCAAGACGCGUCCAAGGCCCGCGGCAUCAUGGAGGUUAUGGAGCGAACCCACCAGGAGGAGGUGGUGGCCGAGGCAGCAGGCGAAGUCCAAGCUUCUGAGCAACGCUUCGCAGAAUCCAAGGUGAUCUUCUGGGCUUUUCUUGCGGCAAAGAAGCUGCACCCCAAUGCUUUGCUGGACGAGCAGAAGCCCAAGUUGGGCGUCAUUUGUGCCGCAGGCGAGCGCGGCCGUCCCAACAUCGCAUGGUGCGAUGCGCAUCCCGUGGAGACUGUGGAUGCCAACAUCACUGGCCAGCUUUCGGUAGCGGCCGCCUGCCACGAAAGAGGAUUGCAUUGUAUCCUCUUGGGCACUGGAGCCCUGUAUCUGGCAGAUGGGAAGCGCAAGUUCUCUGAGCUCGAUCCUCCGAAUGGAGGCUCCCCAGGUGUCUACACGGCACUCCGCCAGAAGAUGGAGGAGCUAACUGCCUACUUCAACAACGUCUUGGUGCUGCGGGUUCUCUAUCCCCUGAGUUCGGAUCUAGAUCCCCGUGGCUUGCUGGGAAAGCUGGCACGAUUCAAGCAGGUGGACGGCGUCCAGACAUCCGUGACUAUCCUGGACGACCUUAUGCCACUCCUCCCGAUUCUGGCAGAAAGGAGAACUGUUGGAGUUCUGAACUUUGUGAAUCCCGGUACCGUUUUCUAUCCCGACAUUGUCUCAGCGCUGAAGGAUCGCGUGGCGAAGUGUCAUUUGGAAUGGGCCGCGCCAGAAAUCCGAGGAGCUGGAGCAAAGGCUGCAGCAGAGCUGGACACGGCGCGGCUACAGGACUUCAUCCGAAGUGCGCUCAUUUGUGCAGAGCCUCUCGUGAACUUGGUGUUGCAGGAGCCGCCGGAAGCGCCACCGGCGCCGCCCCUUGAAACCUGCACCAGUGUUGAGAACACCGUGCUGGACGUGGAGUCCCCUGGCAGGCCGAACCUGACUUUGCGCAGCAAUGAGGUACGGAAGCCAACAAGCCCGGUGGCCUUGUUUGGCAUGCAGGGCAAGUCCAAGAACCGAUUGCUGCUGCGGAAUUCAACGCGGGAAGUGUUGGGCUACAGCACCCUCACUCUCGCAGAAUCCGCUUACGAGAAUGCCUUUCUCAUGAGAGUGAUCACCAAGGGCCUUGUUGGGAAGGCCCACUUCCUGCUCCUCAUAAACUUCUUUCUGCAGUACUCUGUUGUGUAUCUGCUCUCUGAGCGAACGACAGGAAAUCAAAGCAUGUUCGAGACCAUGUUGUUUGGGCAAGCUGAUGCUGUAGAUGCUCCGGGUGUAUGCUGGCAGCGCCAGGGCGAAACCAGAAUCUCUUGCACGCCAGACGAAGUAGCGCUAAGUGUAGACUUUGCCAGCUUGGACCUCAAUGGAGAUGGUUUGUGGACUUUCGCGGAAGCAGAAGACCUCAGCAGAUUACAUGCUCAGCAGACGCAACGUCGUGUCAACAUGACUCAGUUCUACAAGAAUGUAUUCCAUACUAUGCGGCACUAUGCUGGGCCCAGGAUUGCGGAUUGCUCGCUGAAUGACGCUAUUCAGGCAUUUGACGGUGACAAGGGCUUCUGGGCGGAUGCAACCAUUGGCAAUAUCACAAGCAAUGGGAAUGUAGUGGUGAAUUACGUGGAUCCUGCCAAGCAGACCACCUGGGCAAGAUACUUGCCCACAAGCAGGCUGCGCAAGCAGAUCGAUGGCUCGAUUUAUGCAUGCAGCGUGCCCAAAUGCGUGGACAUGGACAAUGGAGCAACCGAUUCUAGCGAGCUGACCUGCGCGGGCUACAAUGGCUUCGACGCUUGUGCCGGCACUUGGGACGAUGAUGACUUCCAUGUGAAGCAGCUCUGCUGCACUUGUGGUGGUGGCUCCUACAGCCUGACUCUCACCGGUUUCGGUCACCUUCCUGUGGACCUGCCGUUAGAGGACAUCACCAGUCUAAGACAGUUUAGAAUUUGCAUGCAGAGUGCCGUGCAAGAGGCGCAGCAAGAAGCCUGCAUCAUCAACUACACCUCCAUACCUCGUUCGGUCUACGAGGAGCAGAUUGCAAAGUUUGCCCAUUUCUGCCUUCUUCCUGAGAGCGAUCUCUGUGGAAAUCUGCAGGAUGAGCAGCUGCUCCCAUCCUUGACGCUGAACAUAUCUACAUCUGUGCCAAUGUUCAUGAAGAUCACUGGGCUUGACAGUACAGCUUCGAUGAGCCAGCUGAAUCUCUGCGAGAACACUAUCAAAGCCUUCUGCUCUAGAAUAUAUACCGUGCAGGCAACACUGUUUCAGGAGCAGCGGGCAGACAUAUGUGGCAAGAAGUCCAGCAAAAUUGCUGGCGACAAGAAGACCAUCACAUAUGCGGCCAGCGAGACCUACUCAGAUCCGACAUUUGGUUUGACCUCGCUUCUUUUCCAGGGCUUCUUGUUUUUGAUUGUAUUUCUUUGGGGUCUGGCCUCUGUGACGGAAUUCCGAAAUAUUUUGGUAUGGUGGAACAUCGUUUGCUCCAUGCCCAAUGCAGAUGCUGAAGAUUGCUUGGUUUUCCAUGUUGCAGAUCAUGCAGAGAGCGAAGAUGACGUGGUUCUGGAGGUUGCUGGUCUCUCGAAGCAGCAUCGGUUAUUCACGAUCCUUCUGAACCUUCUGCCCCGAAGUGCUCUGCAGUGCUGCAUUUUCGUGGUUGGCAUCAGAUACCUGCUGUCAGUGAGAAAUGUUUCUGACCUGAUCUUGAACAGCCUCGCUCUGACCUUUCUAGUCACCGUCGAUGAGAUGUUGUUCGCCGCCUUUGCUGGCGAGCAGAAUGCCGCGUGGAUCCAGAACUGCAAGCCCCUCCGCGGAAGGUCCUUCAAAUGGAUGGACUGGCUCUUGCGAAAGACAUCCAUCCCGGUUGGGCUUUUGGUCUUUUUUCCGAUUUUGGUUACCCUGUGCUACUUCGUGAUCAGCAACAAGCUGUUGACCGAUCAACUUGCUGGGGCAACUUACUGUUUGUGCGGCAUGGAAGGCGCUGAUUGCCAUGCCCGGCAAAUUCUCACCAAAGUUGUGAGCACGUGA